AUGCAAUCUGAAAACAAUUCUACUGCGGAAUCUUCGAAAGCUCCUAAAAAUUCUGAUGAUGAACUUGUUGAAGAGACAAUUAAUGAUGAAACGAUUGCGAAAAUUGAUCCUUCGUUUUGGGAUGAUUAUGAGAAAUUAGAUCUCAAUGAAGAACGAGAGGAUGGAUCUAGCAGAUCCAAGAAAAGAAAAGUGGUUAUAGAUAGACGAGAAAGAGCUAUAUCUGAUGCACUUGCUAAUAUUAAUCGUUCGAAGGAUGUUGACCUUUGUUAUGUUUUAGACUGCACUAGUUUGUACCAUCUAAAUUUAUUUGUCAAAAUUUCCACUUUUUAG